AUGGUUGAUGUGCGCGAGCGUGAAAAAAUCGCGAGAGAGAUCGAGAAGACGAGCGAGUCGAUCCGCAAGAAACAUCACACUCUGAAAACCGGUAGAAUCGAGGAAGACAUGGCAUUGGACAGACAUUUUAAACCUAUUAUCAAACCGCUGCGACAAAUUGACGUUGACAGCUCCGAUAAAGUGCACGCGAUAAAGAGACAGUCGCGCGAACAUGAAGAGCAUGCUGCUGGCGACAAAAGCGCACAAACACAAGCAUCAUUCACAGGACCGAUUAUUGAGCAACAAGGGAUACAAAUACAAAUACGUAAUCGCGCCGUUGAUGUCGAUCACACCCAGAAACAGAAGAAGAAAUCUGGAAAGGGAUUACCUCACGCAAUGACAUUAAAUGACAACGCGAUCGAUUACAUGCACUGGGACGAUUCCAACGAGCUGGCUGAUAUCGUCGAGAUGCGUCCGUACUCGAGCUUCAACAGAGGCUACCACUACAUCCUCACCGUCAUCGAUGUGUUGAGCAUGUACGCGUGGGCCGUACCGCUCAAGAGCAAGGCGUCGGUAGUCCAGCGGUUCAAUCGUACGCUCAAAAGCGACAUGUGGAAGAUGUUUACACUCAACAGCAAUUACAAGUGGAUCGACGAGCUGCCGCGCCUCGUAUCAGAUUACAACGCGCGCAAUCGCACUAUCGGCAUGCGACCCGCCAACGUAACUCCCGCGAUCGCCGAAAGAUUCUUGGACACGGUGUACAGCGUGAUAAAAAUCGCUGGUCCAGCAAAAUUCAAAGUGGGCGAUUCGGUACGCGUGAGCAAGUACAAGACGAUUUUUGAGAAGGGUUACACGUCAAAUUGGACCAUCGAGGUGUUUACGAUCGUUAAGGUACAGCGUACCAAUCCUGUAACCUAUCUACUCGAAGACUAUCGCGGAAAAUCCGUCGCUGGUGCGUUCUAUGAGCACGAGUUGCAUCGCGCUACUCAUCCGGACGUGUAUCUCGUGGAGAAAGUACUGCGCAGGAAGGGAGACAAGGUGUACGUCAAGUGGCUGGGAUUCGAUAGAUCGCACAAUUCAUGGAUACACAAAAAUAAUUGGAUACACAAAUCAUUUGAUAAAAUUUUUUCGUAUCCGCCAAUGUCCCCAUGGUAA